UGGGCUGCUGUGCACCGGAGAAAAAUCUUACGUCCACACUCCACUGUUUGUUGGGUGCAUAUUUGAAAACGAAAAGAAUGAUUCGAAAUUCUAGAAAAAUUCAGCAAUAAAACAAAAGAUAUUUGCGAAAAAGUGCACUUUAAAAUACUAAAAUUGAAAUGUGUUGUGAUGUGAAAUUUAGUGAAGAAUUAAUUUGAACGCGAAUGUGUAAAAAUUCUUCCUUACAUAUCAUCCGAAAAUUUGUGCAUUUUGGUUAUAACGAAAUAAAUACGUUUCAGUGAAUUUUUGUGAAAAUUUUCGAAACAAAACUCGACGAAGCGACAAAGAAAUAUAGUUUAAGCGUUUUUAGUGAAAAACCGAAAGAAUAACUUAAGAAGUUAACAGUAAUUGUUGUAAGUGUUUAAAAGCGAUGUUCUAGAAACAUCAACCAUCUACGUCAGAAUACAAAAUUGUUAAACUCGAUCAGCUGAAAUAUCAACACAAUGCCUUUCGUUGCACCGAAGAGCACAGCCACCAGUAGCACUGGUCGCACCACCUUUCGCCCGCCAUGGGUAAAGGACGACACGACCACCAAUGCCAAGCCCACAGUACCAUGGGCGAAGAAGACAGCUGCUGCAGCAGCCGAUAAGGAUAAAGAAAAAGAGAAGGAGAACGGCGAGAAACCCGCGUCUACUGCUGCGCUCAAGAAAACCGCGGCACCAGCAGCCAAUUCUAUUGCAAAGAAAGCAACAGAGACAACAGCGACGGCCAAGAAAACUGCUGAACCUGUUAAGAAAGCUAUAGUGGAACCAGCUAAGAAAGUGGUUGCGCCCGUUAAACGAGAUGCAGAGCCCGCUAAAAAGGUGGUGGCGCCGGUCAAGAAAACGCCAGAGCCUGUAGCUGCCAAAAAACCCACAAUAACGCCUGCGUCCAAAACAGCUGCUGCUGUGAAAAAGAAGGAACCAACUCCGUCGUCAUCUGAAGAAGAGGAGACCGAAGAGGAGGAGACUGAGGAAGAAGAGAGUGAAGAGGAGGAAGAAAGCGAAGAGGAGGAAGAAAGCGAAAUAGAGGUGGACGAGAAAGAGCUGGAGAACCUCGAAGGGCUUUCCGAUCUUGAAUUCUCCGAAAACGAAUUUACACAACCCUCGCUACGCCUGGGUGUUAAGCUCAAGAAGACACCACAAGUCAAGAAGAAGGAGAAUGAAAGUGAGUUAUCAAGACGUUUUUCAAUUGAAAAACCCAAAUUACGACCAGUCAUGGUCAAACGCGAUAAGUCAAUGAAAAAGGUAGAAGGUGAUAGCGGCGAUGAAGAGGAGGAAAACGAAGAAGAACACGAACGACAAUUACGUUUUAAAUUAGAGAAGCCAAAAUUGCGGCAUGUGAAACGCGAAGAGAAGCCCUUGCCAAGCAAGAGCACCGAGGAUAUUAUGAAAAUACGGCCGGUAUUGAAAAAGGUAUCGAAAAUCGAUGAAAUACUCAAAGAACCGAAAGAAGAGCCAAAGCCUGAAUUCAAAACGAAACAGUUGCGCAAAGCGCCGUCAAUCAAACGCGAACCCAGCAUUAAAAACGUCCCCGCACCUCCACCGCUGCCUUCGUUGGUACCCAGAGCGCCACCACCACCGCCACCACCGGGCGCCCCUGGCGAGAAGCGUCAGCUGAAUGAAUCACAAAAGGCCACCCUAGAAAAGCUUAAGACACGACCGCGCAAGCGUCCAGAUUGGUCAGAAAUGAUGAAGGAAGUAGAGUCUGGCAAGAAAUUGCGGCAUGUGGUGUGCAGCGACAGAUCUCAGCCAAUUCUCACAUGCAAAUCAAUGACGAAAGUGGAUAAUAAAUUCAUUUACGAAACAGAGAAGGACAACUCGCACAAUAAACUACUCAAACAAAUUCAAGGUGGUAUUAAACUGAGAUCCACGCAAACAAAUGAUCGCAGUAAACCAUUCAUCGAGGGAUUGCGGAAAUUCCGCAAACAAAUGACCAUCGAGGAGCAGAUACAAAAGUCCCAGUCGAAGAUUAAUUUGCUAGCAGAGGCUGCUACUGCUGCUGUUGGUGCUGCGAGCGGAUCUGCUGGCAGCAGCGACCCGGCUGCCAUUACUAACAGCAUUGUGGCCGCGCUCUCAAUAGACGAUCCCAGCGGCGAUGAGCUCGACGAUAUUGAUAAAAUACGCGAUGACUUGCAAAGCACGAAGCAAAUGUUGGCGCUCGAACUGCGCAAUCGCGAAGCGCAGGAACGUGAGAAUAAGAAAUUGCUUGCGCAAAUAGCUACUUUGGAAGCGGAGUUGGAGCGCGAGAAGUCGCGCGAGAAGAAUCUAGAAUAUGGUUCACGUAUUAUUGUGGCCACCAUGGAUCCCACACCGGCAAGCGAAGAGGCAUACAUGAAUUCACUCAAGCAGGAAGCAGAAGACGCACGCAAGACGGCCAAGGACCUGGAGAAGAAAUAUCAUGACACAGGCGAAUUACUUGAUCAAGCGAAGAGCGAGAUUGAAGAGCAAAAACGUUCGAUACAGAUGCUGGAACGUAAAUUAGCGCAGGCAUUGCAGGGCGGUGGUUCUUUGAAUGGCUCAAGGCGUCCAAGCGAUGUGCAUGGCGGACGCGACAGCUCGCCGGAAUUAGAUCUGGAAAUGAGUGAGAGUGAUCCUGACGAGCCGGAAGAGAAAAAGGUGGAACGCCGCGAACGGCGCUUGACAAAGGAAGUGAAAGUGCUUAGGAGCAAAUUGACUAAGGUAAAGGUUAAGCGGGAAGCCGCUAAAAAGGAGAAAUUGGCACUAAAGCAGGCUAUGAAAAAGAAUCAUGUCAUACUCAAAGAGGAGAACAAGAAGUUCAAAAAGUUGGAAAAGGAAGUCCAGAAGAUGGCUGCCUCCAUGAAGGAAGAGGAAGAGGAUGAGGACGAUGAUGAAGAGAAGGAUGAGGAGGUUGAGGAGAAUGAUGAGGCAGAAGAGAGCGAAGAGGAGGAAGAAGAGUCCGAGGAGUCGGAAUCCGAAGAAAGCGAAGCGGAAACAGAAAGCGAGUCCGAAGCGGAGGAUGCCAGCAAUGCUGAUAAAAAGAGCAAUUUGGAACCACGCGUAAAGAAACACGAGAGCCGCUUUUUAGCUAUGAAAAAAUGCAAUGUCUUGCUACAGGCUAAUGUUGAUAAUUUGCAAGAUGAGAUCACUCAAGUACGCGCCAAGGCAGCGAACUUACAAGCUGAACUGGAUGCGGUUUUGGCUGAUCUAGGUUUCUAAACUAUUUCAAUAGAAUUUGUGUGGAGAAGUGGCACAAAGGCGCGCAGCCGAAACCGAUCAUUUUUUCAUAUUGUAUUGCGAUAUUUAUAGUUACUUUUUAUGUGAAUAACUAGGACUCUUUUUUUCUAAUAAACCACUUACCUUAUCAUAUAAACGCGA